GUUUUCCUUUUGUGGUAUGUUUUAAUCACACAGGCUUGCUUUGCUUCUCUGGUGAGUCAGGACUAUGUCAAUGGCACGGAUCAGGAAGAAAUUCGAACUGGUGUUGAUCAGUGUAUCCAGAAAUUUCUGGAUAUUGCAAGACAGACAGAAUGUUUUUUCCUACAGAAAAGAUUGCAGUUAUCUGUCCAGAAACCAGAGCAAGUUAUCAAAGAGGAUGUCUCAGAGCUAAGGAAUGAAUUACAGCGGAAAGAUGCUCUGGUCCAGAAGCACUUGACGAAGCUGCGUCAUUGGCAGCAGGUGCUGGAGGACGUCAGUGCGCAGCACAAAAAGCCGGCCGACAUCCCUCAGGGCUCCUUGGCCUACCUCGAGCAAGCGUCCGCUAACAUCCCUGCGCCUAUGAAGCAGACCUGAGUAAGGGCCGUCUGGAUGCGAGCUGCUCUGUGAAUCAACCUAAAUACAGUUUUGGGGUGUUUUUUUUUGCCAAACAUCACUUUUCGGGGACGUGACAUUUUAGAAGAACUCUGCCAGCGAAUGAGAUGAUUUUAGUUUCAUGCUCUCACCUAAAAAUUUCCCUCUAUUUUUGUAAGAUGUUAUUUCUUUAGUACUUUACAAAAUGGGUGUAGCUUUGGUAAAUCAAGUAAAUUUUUGUUUGUAGCAAAAUGUAGGCUAUUAGUGUGAUGCUACUUACAGAUCCCUUUUUAUUUCUUUUUUCUGCUUGUUAUUUUUUAAUUUUUGUAUAGUUUUGUAUUUAUAGUUUUAAAUGAGUUUGUGUCAUCUGAGGGAAGAACAGUUUGUAUGAUCCUAUCAGUGAAUUGGAAGGUGAGGGGUUUUGUAGGCCUUUGAUGUGGUUGUAUGUAAAAAUGUGUAAACUUGCUGUUUUGAGACUUUGAACUACCUCAAGAGGAGGAAUCUAAUGCAAUAAUGCUCGCAGAGUUCUCAGAAGAGAAUGAGGAUAUUCUGUAAAUAGGUCGGAAGAGGAAUUUAAUAUCCUAGGUUAGGGUAGUACUAUUACACUAGGAUCUAAGCUGAUGUUGACUUUAUUUGGGAUAACUUUAUAUUCUCUGUGAUGUUUAUUUACUUUUUUGGGUUGGGGGAUGUAGUAGGAGCAGUGAUUUGCCAAAUUUUUUUUAACUUUCUGCACUAAUGAAUCAGUUUAAGUAAACAGACCCUGUUCUCAACAGCAUGUUUUGGGCACAGGUGAAGUUCGAGGGUGUAAGCUCACUGUGAUUAUCUCUUCUUUUGAGUUUUGUUUGCUUUUAUUUUUGUUUUGCUUUUUGGAGCAGAAGUCUUCCAUUGGGGAAGGGCCUUACUGAUGGAUGGUGUUGGUUCCAAGGGACAGGGCCUCAGGCUGGGCGUGGACUGCAGCAUUACCUUUGGCUCGUACCCUCCACAGAGGGGACGCAGAGCCCUAGAGUGUGGGAGACAUCUUACCCUUUUAUUAGUCACACGGGCCACACAGAUCUCUGAUCUGCUGUGGAGAAAUAGACUGGUGUUGUGUCCUGCUUUCCCUAGAGGAAGCUUUUCUUCCUCUGUUGUUUACAAUCUCUUACUAGAUCACAUCCCUUUACCCAAAACAAAUGCACCGCUGUCUUCACAGGCAGUAUCUCUGUGGCUCAGUUUCCUGACUCACCUUGUUUUCUCCAGCCUCGAUGGCCCCUCCCCACAUGCAUGGCAUCCACUCACUGGCCUGGAUGCCACCUGGUCCCUGAAGCCCCCGAAUGCCCUCUCUGCCACACUCUCAGGACACAGGAAUACUUCCUGUCUCCUACCAAUCUUGCUUGGUUCUCUCUUGAGGGUUAGUAAUUUAUCUCUGUCUCUGAGCCCUUCAUGAGAAUUAGACAUUAUUUUCUUUUGAAUGCACAGGAACCAUCUAUUAUUUUUUAUACAUAACACUUAUUACUCAUUUUUGUUUGUGCAUGUAGGAUAUAUAGCCUGAGGCCAGCAAGUCCCCUCAGUGAGAAUGCAUAGGUUAAACAAAGUUUUUAAAAAUUGUUUUUCUCACAUUAUAUGAUUUCAAGGUGGUUAAUGUGGUCAUGUCAUGCUAAUUAGAAGCUCUACUUACCAGCUUUAUAUUUCCUGAUUAAAAGCUAAACAACUUUUAGGCAAAGAGGUUCUUGGUGAAAAGUUCAGGAACUAUUUCUAAUUGGUGCUUAGUGAAAAUAUUUUGAAUUAAUAUAUGUAUCAGUUAUUGCUGUAUCUUUAUUAAAUUCAAAAGUUUUCUGUCAAA